CAACAAAUACUAAAUUUUAUGGCGUUAUUUCAUAGCAUUUUUCUCAAAAAGCUAUCAAAAGCUUUGGCGCUAAUACUUUUUUGAGGGCCAUGGUAUUUCAUAGAGUUUCUUUCUCUUUUUUAAAUAAGGUCAUAGCGUUUGUUUUUGAAACCUGUAGAGCCUUCUUCCUUCACCCCAGCCUCCCUUCCAAACCCUAGCCUACAAACCCUAGCAGAGAGAGAGAGAAAGUGAAAAUGGGAGAGUCUCUGGUACUACGCGAAACCAUGAGGGCCCACACCGACUGGGUCAUCGCCAUCGCGACCCUGAUCGAUAACUCCGACAUGAUCGUCACCGCCUCCCGCGACAAGUCGAUCAUCCUUUGGAACCUGACCAAGGAAGACAAGGUGUUUGGCCUCCCCCACCGUCGCAUCACCGGCCACUCCCACUUCGUACAGGACGUUGUCCUCUCCUCAGACGGCCAGUUCGCCCUAUCCGGCUCUUGGGACGAUGAUCUCCGCUUCUGGGACCUCGCCUCCAGCACCACCGCCUGCCACUUCGUUGGCCAUACCAAGGAUGUCCUCUCCAUCGCCUUCUCCCUCGACAACCGCGAGAUCGUCUCGGCCUCCUGCGACCGCUCGAUCAAGGUCUGGAACACCCUUGAGUCAUCUGAAGUGCAUUCUGAAGACAACAAAGCCCUUCCGGAGAAAAGCAAGAAAAGAAGGUUCAAGACACCAUCUCAGGUUGAGGCUUUAGAGAAAUUUUACAUUGAGUCAGUAGGGCUGUCAGAAAGGCAAGUUUCUGGGUGGUUUUGCCACAGAAGGUUGAAGGACAAGAAACAGGAUGGUGAAACAGUUGCAGCUGGAAGACAAGAUCGUUCAAGUAAGUGGGUUUUGCCACAAAAGUGGUCAAGAAUGAUUGAAAGAAACAAUUUUCCCUCAGAUGAGAGAAGAGCAUAUGGACUCCACACAAGGAGGAAUUGUAAGAAGGUAAUGCUUGCUUUUGUUUGCAUGGUGCGGAUGUCUAUUAUAGCUCUUUGCUGCAAUUGUUUUUCUUCGGACUUCUACUAUGUGCUGCAUCUUUUCGGGGAUGAUUUUUACUGCUACAACUUCUGAUACAACUUCAACCUACGGGCAUGUUUCUCAUAUUUUGGAGGUUUCAAGUAGCCGAUUUAUGUGGUUGGCUUUGGGAGCAGAAAGAGUAUAAGCUCGGCAAAGAAGUAAGCUUCAAGUAAAGAGAAUCUACGCGCGGAAUGGGAUGGUUGGCCUAGUUCAUGAUUAUAUUUUCAGGAAAGUAGAAUUACAUUAGUUAUUUUUUAAAGAGUCCAAUUAGUUGGGCUCUUUUAUGUAAUUUUGUUGAAAAAUUGUUUCCCAAGCUAAUGUAAUAAAUCUUUAUUCAAUAGUUGAAUUGUUUAUUGUAUAUUGA